UUUGCACCCUUGCCGCAUGUAUUUAUAUUUGAGCAUUUUUAUUUGAGAUUGGUUUUUUUUUUUUUUAAUUUGUUUUUAUUUUCCAAUUUUUCAACUCCCGAGAUUUCUGAUAUGCUUUUACUGGUUGCGCUAGGAUUUAUACAAUUAUUACCUGUUUCAGGAAAAGACAGCAAUGAGAAUGCUUCUAAAAAAGAUGAUACUGAUAAAGGCAUAUUAACAAGCAAUCCAUUCUUGGAUGCAACACAUUUUUGGCCUCUUGAAGUCUUGCGAAGUGGAAUCUUUUCAAUGGAUUUUGUGACUGGUCAUUCAGCAAUUGUUCUUCAAGGAGGAGAGCUAGUAAAAGAUGACAAAUUUCAAGAGGUUAUUUCGACAGAAAAAAAAGGUUCAUACAUAAUUGCAGGAGAUUUUAAAGAGACAUGCUUCAGUAAUCCUGAUAGCUGCAUUAUGGGAGGAAUGACGAUAUCAUUUUGGUUGAAACUCAAUGAUACAAAUAUAAAUAAGACACAAGAUGCCUACAUCAUAAGUAGUGGAGGUCAGUCUAAAAAGUCACGUGGAUUCGCUUUUUUGUAUUUUCAUGGACGAUACGUGGCAUGCUUAAGUACAAGACGUGCUCAAUGGAAAAUGUAUGUUCCAAAAAUAGAGCCUAACAUAUGGAAUAAUAUUGUUUUUGUUUGGAAAAAAGGAGAAACGCUGUCAUAUUAUCUUAACGGAUCUUUUGUUGAAGAAACUUAUAGCAAGCCAGCGUAUCGUCCGUCGGUUAAUUAUACGAUUUUAACAAUUGGACGUCCGAACAACGCAAUUAAUGUUGAAUUUAUGUACCCUUUAAGAAUGUGCGCUCUGGCUUUAUGGGACAGACCUCUAAAGAAAGAUCAAAUCGAAAAAGCCUAUGAUAAUAUAAAAAAGUUCCACGAGCAACCUGACUUAAAAAAGAAACGCAGAAGUAAAAUUAUAAAAGAGUUUGCCAGCAAAAGACGAUUAAAUAAAAUUCGCCGACACGUUAUUCAUCUCUGAUAGGCUUUAGAAAAUAUGUGAUAUUGCUCUGUUAUGGUUUUGAAUUCAUCUAUAGAAAUGCUUAGAGUAACUAUGCUUACUACUUUUUUAAAAAAGCUUUUAUUAAAACACUUUUAUUAAAACUAAUUUUAACUUUAUAAUUUCUAUAAUUGAACUCGUCAUUUUGAAAAGAGACAAGAAGGGCAUGGCUUAAAGAAUCGACAAGGGUCUAAAUCUAUUAAUAAAAGUUUUAACAAAAUAUGGAUUAUAUAAAAUGAGUUUUAAAAUUGUGUGAUUUUUAUAAAGACUUUAAUUUCCGAUUGCUUUAUGAAUUUUCUUGCAGUGCA